ACCCGAGGCUCCGCCUCACGCGACGAGCUAACAGUUCUAACAGUUGGGAGGGAUGCGGGCCGCGAGCGAUCGCCAGGCCCCAGCCUCAGUGACUGUUCUCUGCUGCUCUGAGGUCCUCUGAGUGAGCCCUCUUAGGUGCAUCUGCCACUUUGCCUCUACCGGUGGCCAUACGAGCACUUCCCCAUGAAACCUCACCAGCACAUCCCACUCUCUUCCCUUCCCUUGCCUUCUAUGCCCCACAGUCCAGGUGAGACCCAUCAACCAGGAGCCUGGAACUGGCAGUUGGAUCCCGAGCAGUGGGCAGGGGCAGUUCGACGGCAGUUGAAUGCCUGGCUCCUCUUGGUCUCAGAUGAAGAGGCAUCAUCUAAAGCCCUUGAAUCUCGGCGCUCCGUAGGUGUCCUGGACGAAGCAGAGCAGCAAGGAGCCUGUCAAGGAAAACAGAGGCAGUCCCUGAAGGCAGUGACUUGGUCUGAGCGCCCCACAGUGCUAGAGCUCCUGGUAGCUGAGCUCCAAACCCUGUUCUCAAAAGUGCUACAGGAUGGCAGCCCUGCAGCAUGGUACUACCUGCAUGCCGUGCUGGGUCUGCUGCCCCCAUAUCGAGCGCUGCUGGUCGGUCGCCUUAACUUGCUGCCUUUCCUGGAGCGGCUGUACCGCUGGGCACCCUGGGUUCAGGCCCAGCUCCAGCUGGAUCUGCUGGACGCCAUAGACCAGGCCUUUCCCCGAGACACCUCGUUGUUAGAGGGCACCUCCCAUGUUGACUGCUAUCCCCAGAAGAAGAGGUUCCAUCAUGGGACCGCACGCCCAGCAUGCCCUUUUGUGCAGGCCCAGUGGGAAGGGCAGCAAGUCGAGGACGAUCUGGCCACAUGGCUACGACCGCUGACCCUGCCCGAGCUACAGCACAGCCUGGGUAUUGUCGGUGCGGAGGUGGCCGUGGAAGAGACCCAGUGGCUAGAUGGCCUCAGGCUUCUGCCCUUGGCACUGGCAACCGACAUCCCAGUACAGUAUGAAAGCAGUGACACUGACAUCGCAGAAGAGGAGCGUGUUGGAAGAACAGAGACUAAGUCUCAGCUCGACUUGGAAGUUCCUGAGAAGACCAUCCAAAAAAGAAGCACUGGCUUCUUACCACAGAUGUCCCUCCUGGGUAGCCAGAUAAUGACCAUUAUGAAGACAGAGAGAUACCUGAAGAAGAUCCACUUCCUUUAUCUCAACGUGGCUCCCAGCCGCUACUUUACGCCUUACAGCCUGAUGGUGGUGCCACCCAACAAGGUGAACCCCGAGCACUACAUCUUCUCUCCCUUCGGGAUCCUGCACGUGCAUCCCGUGGAGGGCAGUGAGGCGAUGACACUGGGAACCUGGCACCACCACUCUGUCCUCUGGCAACAGCUCCAGCUUAUACCGUUCUUCAAGUAUUGCCUCUUACGCAAGGCCUUAGCCAGCUGGAAAAAGGGUGUGAAGCUGCAGAGGUUGCACCAGCAUCGGUCUUUCCUAGAGAAACACCUGCUCCUGGCUGUCCCCCACUUUGGAGCUGGGCUGCUUCAUAUCAACAGACUCCUGCAGGAGCUGCAUUCUGUGUCCUGGCUCCCCCAUGAAGCAGAUCAGUGCUACGAGCUGCUGGACCUGCGGCGGGCUCUAGCCAAGGAGAACCACAAGGCCCUGCGGCUGCUCCAUCGCUGCCUGCGUCUCUGCACAUCCAUCCUUCAUCUGAUCCACGAGGAUACAUACCACAUGCAACAGGGCCUGCAGAAGCGACUGAAAAACUGCAAGAGGAUCAGGACAGACCAGACCUCUGUGUACCUACAGAAGGUGCAGUGCCAACAGCUGGAGCAGAGGCUGAAGCAGGCAGAGGCCUGGUUGCUGCAGAUGGGACAGCUGGCCCGCUUGGUAGACUAUAUGAUCUGCCAGAACCUUGUGUCCAUCAUAGAGGAGAAGAUAACCUCUUUUGUGGCCAACAUCCUGCAAGCCCCAAGGCAGAAACCCUUUCUCUCCGCUCAGCUGGUCUUUGACAGUCAUGGUCAGCUGUCUCAUGAGCCCUGUAUUGAAAAUAUGAUCCAGAUUUUAACUGCGGGCCUAAGUUCAAUGAAGGCCUCUGCCCUUAAGGUAAUGCAGUCUACAGACCUGAAGACCUUCUGGGAUUCCCUGUAUAUUGAAGACGAAGAUGAUGAGGACUACGCAGACUCAGACUUCAUGAUGCCCAAGUUCCAGGGCCAGCCCAGCGAUGCUGUGGACGUCUUCUGUGGCCCGAAUAUAGGAUUGGUGUGGCCCUGGAAGUCUCACACAGUUACUGAAGCCCUGGAGGUCCAUGGGCACCGGCUUCGGGGCCAGUAUUUGCCCCUUGAUUAUAAGCAGCUGCAAGAGGACCUGGACAACAGCCCCCAAAUCCAGCAGGCACUGGCUAUCCAACAGGCCCUGCUGGAGGACAUGCUGCAGGAGGUGCAGAAAUUCUGCAGGGACUAUCACUGGAUGACAGGCGUUUAUGAAUUCCUGCAAGCCUGGGGGUGUCAAAAGCUGGAAUCUAUGAAAGGUUAUCCUAUCAAGAACUACGUGAUGCUGGUGACCCGCCUGAACGCUUGGCAGGCCCAAGUCUCCAGGAUACCCAUGGAGUUGAUCACAAGAGGCAGGCUGCUGCUGCUGAGCUGCCGUGACAUACAGGCCGAGAUGGAAUCCAAGCUGGUAAACAUCAGGAAGGACAUUCUUGAACAGGUACAGAAUGAAUGCCAGAGCCGCAGUCAGCAGCUAAUAACAGAGCUCACAGGCUUCAUGAAGGCCUUCCAAACCAUCAACUCAGACAUCCACUCCAUCGCAUGGUGCUCCCAGAAGCUGAAUGAGGCCAACGAGCGGUAUGCUGAGCUGGAGGAGCAAACGGAAUACACGCGGUCCCUCUAUGAGCUCAUCCGCAACCACUUUGGCCUCUUCAGUGCUGAGAAUGAGGCACUGGACAUCUCGGUGAGAAGGCAUCUCCUCUGCCCCUCCCGCUGCUCCUCCCAUUCCCCACCACCACCACCUCUGCUUGACCGCCCUCUGCCUACCCCGCAGCUUAUGGACACGUGGGAGUCAUUCCAGUAUGAGAAAAGCCAGGCCUCAGAGUUCCUGCUCAGCAAGCAGCAUGCCAUCGUGCCCAAGCUGCAGCAGCUGAUGGCCGCGGCACUGGCGGAGCUGGAGGGCCUGAUUGAGAAGGCCCUGUCUGGUCCAUUCAUGGACCCUGCACAGGAGCAGAGAAGCACUGAGCGCCAGCUCAUCUCCCUGGAGCGUCAGUACCAGAACACAGUCAGCAGCCUCUGUGACCUGCACCAUGCCUACACCACCUUCACUGGGGACGAGAGUCCUGUGCCCUUGCCCGUCUGUGGGACCCGCCCCAUCGUGCAGCAACAGCACAUCUGGCACCUGUACCGAGUCAUCUCUGAAAACAUCAGUGAAUGGAAGUGCAUGGCUUUUGCCAAGUUCAAUCUGGCUCUGGCCCAGGAGAAGACAGACGGCUGGCUGACAGAGGCGGCCCGGGUGAGCGCGACCCUGGGGCUGCAUAGCCCAGUGCUCCAGCGCUGCAUGCACAUGCUGGAGGAGUUCCGCAGCCUCCUUCCCCUGCUGACCAAGCUGGGCAGCCUCCAGGUGCAGAAUCUCAACUGCCAAGCACUCCUGCGAGCCUUAGGGCUAAGCAGUCUCUCCAGCAUAGAGCACCUAACAGUGGGCCAGCUGCUCUCUUGUCCGCUGCUGGAAUUUACAGAUCGAAUCAAUCAGCUCUGGAGGACUGAAAACAUACGGAAUCAUGCCCAUGAGGCACUCUUGCGGCUGCAGCGGGCCUGGGAAGCACGCCAGCUGCGACUGCUCAACUUCAUCCUGCACGUGCCCUACGAGUCCCCAGUCUCUGAGCGCUCCAAGAGGCAAGCGUCCCGCAGCCCCCGGUGGCAGGUAGUGGGCAAGGACAGCGGCACCUUCAUCCUCUCAGAUUACAGCAGCCUGCAGGACUCUAUCCAUGAAAGCCUUCAGGUGUUGUUCAAGAUCCUGGCCAUCCAGAAGUCAGGAAACUUAAACAGAAUUGCUCUGGAGUGGGUGACCAUCAUGCAUGGCCUGAGUGCCCUGCUGCAGGUGUGGGUGACUUUCCAGCAGAAGUGGAUCUUCCUAAAUAAAGUUCUGUAUGAGAUGAAGAUCCAGUUUCCCAGUCCUGAGCUGAGCACCCGUUUCGAGGCCAUGGAUGAGCAGUAUCGAACCCUGAUGCAGAUCUCUGUAGCUGACCCCCUGGUUCUGUCACUCAUAGUGCCCAGUGCCAAGCGGAACCCUCUUUUCCAAGGCCAGCAGCUGCAACAACUGCUGCAGGAGGGUUCCGUGGACCUGAAGGGCAUCAUCAUGGCGCUGGAGAGCGUGCUCUAUGCUGUGCGUGCCCACUUCCCCCGCCUCUUCUUCCUCAGCGACAGUGAGCUCGUGGCCCUGCUGGCUGCCCCACUGGAGUCCUGCGAGGCCCAGCUGUGGGCACGACGCUGCUUUCCUCAUGUGCAUGCCGUGAGCUUCGAGUCCAGUGAAACUGCAAAAGGCACGGAUGACCCGGAGUCAAGUCCAAGCAUACAGACUCAGGUGGAGGCGCUCGCGGUCUUCGGGGUGGGUGGGGAGGAGGUGAAGCUGCAGGGGUCCCUUCCUCUGCAUCCUGAUCUCCCCAAGUGGCUGGCCUCCCUGGAGGAGAGUCUGCGUUUGGUACUGGUGCACAAGUUGCAGGACUGCGUGGCUGCCCGUCUUGCUCUGGGCCCGUCCCUAGAUAAGGCCUUCAAGCAGGAAAACCAGUUGCCCCAGGAAACCCAGUUACCCCUGAAGAUGUAUGUCCAGCACUGGCUGGACUUAGUCCAGGCCUUCCCGUGGCAGUGUGUGCUGGUGGCGGAGGAGGUGGUAUGGCGGGCCAGCAUGGAGGAGGCUCUGCUUGAAGGGAGGACCCUGGCCAUGGUCCUCAUGCAUGUGCGCAAGCUAGAGGUAUUGGUGCAUUUUCUUCGGGCCCAGAGGUACUCUCAGGGUGAGCAGCCCCUGCCCUCUGUCCGCCAGACCAGUCUGCUAAGUGCCCUGCUGGUCAUGGCGGUGACCCACCGGGACAUAGCCCAGCUGCUGCAAGAGCACCAGGUCAGUGGACUGACAGACUUCCACUGGGUCCGCCAACUCAAGUAUCACCUGGGUUCCCCUCACACCGCUCCCCAAAGCCCCCUGCAGGGUCUCAAGACUGUUGUGUCUACUGAGACCUUUCCGGCCCCAGCCGCAUGCUGGAUAGAUGUGCUGGGUCGGUCUUUCCUAUACAAUUAUGAGUACCUGGGUCCCCGACUGGGGUCCCUACCCAGCCUGCUGCCCGAGCGGCCAGCCCUCACGCUGUUAUUAGCCCUGGAAGAGGUGGCCUGCGGGACCCUGCUGGGCCCCCGUGGUGUGGGCAAGGCAGCCAUAGUAAAGAGCCUGGCCCAGGCCCUGGGGCGCCAGCUGGUGGUGAUGCCCUGCUUGCCACAGAUGGAGGCCCGCAGCCUGAGCAACUACCUGAACGGUGCCCUGCAGGGAGGAGCCUGGCUGCUGUUAGAAGCAGCUCAGCACUUGCCCCUCGGCUUGCUCUCUGCCUUGGGCCAGCGCUUGGCCAAACUGCACCACCUCUAUGCCCCUCUGUACCAGGAAGCUUCCCGAAAUACCAGCACCGUCGACCCCACCCACCCCUGGCUCCUCGGCAGCAGGUUCUUUGAGAGACAUCACGUGGACAUACGCCUUGGCUACGGCUGCCUCCUGACCCUGCGGGCCCUGAGCCCUGCCAUGCCCGCCAACCUGCGCCAACUGCUGCGGCCUGUGGCACUGACCCUGCCCGACCUGCAGCAAGUCACAGAGCUGACCCUGCUGGGAGCAGGGAUCCGGGAUGCCCCCCGCACCGCGACCCGCCUAUCCAAGUUCUUCUCCCUAGAGCGUAAGCUGGUGUCUGGGCCCCUGCCCUGCCGCCUACCCCUCCUCAGGAAAGUGCUAGAAGACACGAUACAGGCUCUGAACAUGACCAAGGAGGACCCCGAGCCCGAGCAGUCCCGCAGCCUAGCCACCGUGGAGGAGGCCACCCUGCUUCGCACCCUGCUGCGCUCCCCACUGUUCAGCCUCCUGGAGGGGGCCCACCUGCAGGACCUCCAGAAGCUGCUCUGUGGGCUCUUUCCCACCGCCUCCCAGGUGCUGGCAGAGCCUGCAACCCCCAGGCUGAGGAAGUCACUGCUGGUGGAGGAGUUACGGCAGGGAGGCCUGCAUCCCAGCCCUGAUAUUUUGGGGUCCCUGGAUCAACUGAGCCAGGCCCUGGACCAGGCCUCAGGCAUUUUGCUCCUGGGUCCGGCAGGCAGUGGCAAGACCACAUGUUGGCACAGCUUAUUUAAGAUCCAGAAUCGGCUGGCGGCCAUGGAGGACCCCACAACCCAGAGCCGCCAGCCUGUGGAAAUUACUCACCUGUAUCCAGGCGUCCUCAGCCCUCAGGAGUUCCUGGGAUGGCUGGAGGGCCCCUGCUGGCACAGUGGUGUCUUCCCCAGGCUGCUGCGUGAAGCCAGUCGGUGUAGGACCGUGGGCCCCCGGGGACAGGUACAGGAAUCAGUGGGGAUUCAUCACUGGAUAAUAUGUGAUGGAGCUUCCAGUUCUUCCUGGCUGGACCCUAUCACCUGCCUCCUAGGUGACCCCCCACAGCUUAGCCUCCCCAGUGGUCAGCAAAUAGCACGACCCCCAGGUACUUUUCUUCUGAUGGAAGUGGGAGAUACCACAGGCAUGGCCCCCACAGUGGUGGGCCGUUGUGCCCUGGUGUGGUGUGGUGGGGAGCAGACUUGGCAGGGUAUGCUGAGCGUCCUGAUGGCAGCCUUGCCCCGAGAGUACCGCCUGCAGCCCCAGACUGUCACUGAACUCAGCCACCUGGCUGAAGGGUUGGUGCCCGCCACGUUCCAGUUCCUCACCUGCCAGGGUGUUAGCUCUCUGCUGCAGGUCCAUGGACAGCGGCCCGUUUGCCCAGGUGUGGCUGAAGUCACCAGCCUGGCCCGCAUCUUGCGUUGUCUGCUCAACCCACACCUGCGCAUAGAUGAGGAGGAGAAGGCACAUAUCCCAGAGGACCUCAGCUAUAAUGAUUCAAAGUGUAUAGUGGCUCGAAGCAUUAAGGCCUCAAAAACCAGCUCUCUGCACCAGAACCAGAUUGACAGUGAUGCCGUGCCUAGUAAGCGCAGGGAGCACUUGCUGGCCAUCAGCAGCUUUCUUUUUGCUGUGAUCUGGGGCUUUGGAGCCCACCUUCCCUCCAGACUCUGGCCCCUCUAUGACACCUUCCUGAAGGAUUCUAUUAGUUGCCUCUCCAACUACUCUGAGCUGCCACCCUCAGACUCGGUGUUUGAUCUACAUGUGUGCCCCGAAGAUGGGACACUGGUUCCCUUCACUGGCCAAUACCUGGGCAGCCGCAUCAAGGGAACUCAGGGCACCUUCUACCCUUCUCCCCAGACCGAGCGGCUCUUGUACGUGGUGGACCUGCUUCUGUCAGAGGGACACCCCGUGCUGCUGGCUGGAGAGGCAGCAACAGGGAAGACAACCUUCGUGGAAGCGCUGGUGGAGCCACAGCACCCUUACAUAAACAGCCCCAUUCACCCCGCCGUCAGUACCACCCACCUUCGCCUCCUGCUGAGCCGGGCGGUCCACGGCCAAUCACAAGCCAGCCCAUGGAUUGGGCGGCACCUGGAUUCUAAAGGUUUUCUCCUCUUCCUGCUGGAGGAUCUCCACCUGGCUGCUUCCGACCCAGAGAAGAGCUGUCAGCCACUGUUGGAGACUCUGCGUCAGGCCAUAGACGGCACGGUGUAUACCCACAGCACCUUGGAGCUGCAGACACUGCAGCCUGGAGUCAACUUCCUGGCCACUGCCACAGUGCCAGGCUUCUGUGAGCGGCCGCUGUGCCCGCGCCUCUCUCGGCUCUUCACAGUGCUGGCCCUGGGCAGCGUGACCCAGGCCACGCUGCUGAGCAGGCAUAUGCCCAGCAUGCAGGCCUGGCUCGAGCGCUUCCCCUCUGUGGAGCGGGAGAGUGUUCUAGCAAGAGCCCUGGUUCGGGCCUCAUUGGAGGCCUGGGAGGCAGUGGGCAACUGCUUUAUGCCCUCACCCCUCCGCCCACACUACCGCUUCUCCAUGCACUCUGUGAGCCAGCUUCUGGGCAGCCUGCAGCUGCUGCCCAUCAGGAUGGGCUCCCGGGGUUUUGUGGACUGUCUCAACCAUCAGGAGCACCUGCGCCGGGUGUCCGGCUUACGUGGCACCCGCCUGAUGAUCAUGAUGGCCACGCGCAACAUCAUGCGCCUCUGGUUGCAUGAGGCACAGAGAACGUUUUGUGACCGGCUGGACAGCCCCAGGGAACGCUCCUUCUGUGCCAGACUACUCCUAGAGGUAGCUCAGAAUGUCUUCUGCUGUGGGCCGGCACCCCAGAGCCUGGGCAAGGGUUAUGAGGAGGAGGAGGAGGAAGAAGAGAAGGUGCCUGAAGUGGAAUCCGAAGGGGAGCUGGCUCAGUGGGAGGACCUGAGCAACAGCGGGAGUGAGACAGAGGAGGAGGAGGCCACAUAUGACCUUCCGGUCACCACAGGCUCACCGUGCAAUGAUUCAGCACCACCCGUAGCACCAGUAAGGAAGAUGGCCAUGGGAAGCAUGAGUCAGAAGAUAAGCCAGGAGGAAGGCACAAGGAUCUCCAGCUACAAACUCCAGCCGAAUAAAUCUAAGAACUUGUGUCAGAAGGCAGCCCAAGAAGACAUGGUCUCACCCUUGCUGCUCCCAGUGCUGCUACUCCGGCCCCAGGAGAAGCCCUCAGACCUGGUCUUCAGUCAGGAACUGAUACUAGAGUCCAACUCUGAGAGCUCCAGCUUGUACCUGGAACGCCAGUGGGUGAGCCUGGAGGAGCAGCUGGCCACCUCAGCCGCUCAGCUGCGGCUGAGCCCCCACCUUGCCCGGUGCCACUCGAUGGCCCAGCACGUGGCCCGCCUGGUCCGGGUGUUGGCCAGGCCCCGGCAGCAUGGCCUCCUGCUCGCAGGGGCUCAGGGGACUGGGCGCUGUACUGCCAUCACUCUGGCUGCCGGCAUUUGUCAGACCCGCCUCUUCCGUCUGCCGUGUGGAUCAGAGGAGGCCAUUCUCGGGUGUCUAAGGGAGGUCAGCUGGCAUGCUGGCAUGUUAGGCCAGCCGGUGGCCCUGCUGGUGCCCAAGGGUGUGGACCAUACUACCCUUCAUCGCCUGCUGGCCCUGGCAACCUCAGGCAGUUUUCCUGACCUAUACACAGAGGCAGAUCUGGAAAACAUUGAAGGACAUCUCCCCAGGGACAGCCUUAUUGUCAAGCAGAACAUCAAGAAGGAAAUACUGCUGCAGAGGUUCUGCCACCAGGUGCGCAGCCACCUGCACAUGUUCAUCCUGAUCGGAGAUGACCAGGCCCACGAUCAGCUACCCUCCACCCUCUUCCUGAGGCUCCUUCAGCUGGCCAUCGCCAGCACUGACCGCUACGAACCCUGGGACCAAGACUCCCUGGUCGCUGUGGCCCAGCAUCACCUGAAGGGUGCUCAGAGCCCACCCCUUGAUGACGACCCCUUGAGGUUUCCAGACAUCCAGGCCUCAGUUUCCAGCGUGGCCAAAGCCAUGGCUCUCAUCCACCUUUCGGCUGCCAGCUACCAAGGGCACCUGUGCCCUGAAUUGCCACUCGCCACCCCCAAGACCUUCCUGGACUUCUUGGACACCUUCGUACUGCAGCUGCAGUGGAUGACCCUUCACAUUAAGAACAGGGCCCAGCGGAUACAGAAUGCCCUGCAAAAUCUGAAGAUGCUGAUUGAGAAGCACAGUGCCCACACCACCCUGGUCUUCAACUUGGAGGAGCAGCUGAAAGGCUCCCAUAAGGUAAGGGGGAGAGGAGUUUGAGGCAUGGUCAAAGCAGGAGCUCAAGCAAUGACUUUGCAGAAACCAACCAGACUGAACGUUAGUUCUGGUGUCCUGAGAGUCCCACUUCCCCCAGGGGCUGUCUCUAAUCCGUGCUGCCUCUUCCUCUAGAGCUCAGGCUCAAAGUUCCCUGUGGCACAUCUGAAAUCAGGCUGAUUCCUCUAAAUGCAUGAAACCCAAGUGUCUGCUUCUGGUUGUCCCUAGUACCUUGACUGUGUGAAGUUCAGUAUGCUCCCCAAGCUCUGCAGAGAUUCCCAUUGGGGAUGGGGCAGGAUUACAUCCUCAUGGUCCCCUCUCACUUUAAUCCUCUUCUCCUGGAUUAUCUACUGCUCACUGCUGGUUGGCACACCUCUGGUAGUCAUACAAAUUUAUAUACUCUAUAUACAAAAAUGUACAGUUAGGUAUGGUGGGGAAAUGCAGAUGGGUGAUGGCACUGGGGGCAAUUUACAUUUUAGAACAGAACCAUAAAUAGGUUUAAACGGUUUACUAAAUCUCAGUGUCCUGUUUUCUGUCAUCUUCCUCUACAGGGCAUUUCCUAGUGACAGAGUUUUCUCUCCCUGUCCCAUCUCCCCAGCACUGCUCCCAAUGCUAUUCAGUCACCCUAUUUUUCCUUUAGAGCUUCCCAAAGUCAAUGCUCAUGUAACAAGAGAUUUUUUUCCAGUCCUUACUCUAAAUCCUGUUGCUUUCUUAUACAGAACAAUUUCCUUCUUUGAAUAAACAAACCGCUCAUAUCUAGCUAAAAUUGGUAGCAGUGGCAUCAUUACAUGUUCUGUAGUCAAACACUCUCAGUUAAAAAUGCUUUCCAAAAAUAGACAUUUUUUUGUUUUGUUUCAUUUUUAAUAAGAGGAAUUCUGAUAUUUCAUUUUUCCCCCUUUCCUGCUUACACAAAACUUUGAUGGAGGUUCAGGAGUAACUACAGUGAGAUAGUUACUAGUGAUCAGUUCACAAGCAGAUAAUAUGGCUUACUUUCUCCCGGGGUUUCAGGUCUUCCGGCUCCCCAUGCCUAACCCUCUUCUUCCGAUGGGUGUCCUAAGGGUUAUCCUUCGGUGCUGGACAACCCCAGGGGCAUGGCUUAUAUAGUAUCUACACACAUGGUUUUCACUCUGUCCUGUGGAGUCACCAUACUACUGUUGCCCUCUUACCAUUUGCCACGGAGGAUCACUAGCUUAGAUUAAAAAUUAAGACUCGGUUGAGAUGCAAAAAAUUAAGAAGUUCAUUGAGUCCUCUUUCCUAUGAUUUCCAAAUUCCAGUUUUCUGUCUCAGGUCUUGCUUUUUAUCCAAAUGAUUAAUACCAGGGAUUUUUGAUAUGGUUUAGGGGAGCUAUUAUUCUCUAAUCCCUGGAUCAGAACCUAAGAAGCCCAAAAACUGGAUAAGAGAUGUUAAUAGUCUCAGGGGCAUUCACUUAACAGCCAUAACUGUGUGUACUUGUUUCAGAGUUGCCCACCAGAGGAAAUGGUACCACCCUCCACUUAGUCACUUAAGCUGAACCUCAGGAGUCAUCUUGGACCCCUCCAUCUCUCUUCCCUUUCAUAGUCAGUUGGUUCAUUUAUUUAUGACUGUGCUCAGCAAAGCUUAAUUGAAUUCCAUAUUUUUUGUGUGAGCACUCAUUAAUACUUUUGUCCAUGUCUCCCAUCUAUGCUGGCUUCUUCCCUCAUGGCUCAGUUGGUAAAGAAUCCGCCUGCAAUGCAGGAGACAUUUAUGUUUACAUCUAGAUAGACAGAAUUCUCACCUCCACUCUUUUAAGGAGGCCAUUCUUUCU